CUACAUGCAAAGGGACGCUGAUAAAGGAUAACACUUUAUGUUUUUUAUCUGAUAAACUUCCAUCAAUCCUCAGAUGUGAAAAUGCUCAAGUGAAAAUAGUAUUUCCGAAAAACAAGGGGAAAUUAUAAGAAAAAACAAUAUGGCCCUCAAUUUUGUUGUCGGAGACAACGUUUGGGUUGGCUCUAGCAACAACGGAGAGUUUGAAGUACCGAUUGGAGCCAAAAUAACAUCCAUAGAUUCUAAGAAAGCGAGGGUAAUAGACGACGAUGGACUUGAGGUUACCGUACCAACUGGUCAGAUCCUCAAGCAAAUGCACACAUCAAGCAUUAAGGGUGUUGAAGAUAUGAUAAAUCUAGGAGAUCUCCAAGAGUUCUCUAUUUUGUCAAAUCUCCACAAGAGGUAUAAACAUCAACAGAUAUACACCUAUACUGGAUCGUUAUUGGUUGCUGUCAACCCUUAUGAAAUUCUACCAAUCUAUACAAAUGCCAUCAUGAAUCAGUAUAAAGCUAAGAAAUUCGACGAACUACCACCUCAUAUCUUCGCCAUUGGGGACAACAGCUACAGCGCGAUGAAAGGAAACAAGAGCAAUCAAUGUAUUGUCAUCAGUGGUGAAAGCGGCGCAGGUAAAACCGAAAGCACCAAAUUGAUCCUGCAAUAUUUGGCCUCAUCGAGCGGAAAACACAGCUGGAUAGAGCAGCAGAUUCUGGAGGCCAAUCCCAUACUGGAAGCGUUCGGUAACGCCAAAACGGUCCGUAACGACAACUCUUCACGAUUCGGCAAAUACAUAAACGUCAAAUUCGACGAGAACGGAGUCAUAGAAUGCGCGGAAAUAGAACAGUAUCUGCUCGAAAAGAGCAGAAUCAUCUCGCAGAACGAGGGCGAGAGAAACUACCACAUCUUCUACUGUCUCUGCGCCGGUCUCGGCAAAGACGAGAAGAAAAAAUUCGACAUCGGAGAAGCGUCCUCUUACAGCUACCUGAACGGGGGGAAAACGCUGAAAUUAGACGGCGUCGACGAAGUGGAAGAAUUCACGAGCAUCGUGAACGCCAUGAAAGUCCUCAAUUUCGCCGAAGAAGAAAUUUCCGGUAUUUUCCAGAUUUUGGCCAGCAUCCUUCACCUCGGCAAUUUGAAAUUUAAACCUGGAUCCGCGUCCAACUCCGAUUCUUCGGAAAUAAACGAUACCGCAGCCGCGGAAAAAGUCGCCAAAUUACUCGGUACCAAUAAGAACGCACUGAACGCAGCCCUAACCAAAAAAACCAUCUUCGCUCACGGCGACACCGUACGGGCAAACCUAUCCAAAGAACAGGCGGCGGAAUCUAAAAACGCCUUCGUAAAAGGCGUCUACGGUCAGCUGUUCGUGAAAAUCGUCGAGAAGAUCAACACGGCCAUAAGCAAAUCCAAGGCAACCUCGAAAUUAUCCAUCGGCGUGUUGGACAUUUUCGGAUUCGAGAAUUUCUCGCGUAACAGUUUCGAGCAGUUGUGCAUCAAUUACGCGAACGAGAACCUGCAGCAGUUCUUCGUCCACCACAUCUUCAGGCUGGAGCAGGAUUAUUACACGUCGGAGGGCAUCUCCUGGAAGAGCAUCGCUUUCGUCGACAACCAGGAAGUGCUGGAUCUGAUAGGGAUGAAAUCGAUGUGCGUCAUGUCGUUGAUCGACGAGGAGAGCAAAUUCCCGAAAGGCACCGACAGGACUAUGCUGGACAAGCUUCACUCCAAUCACCAGAGCAAAAAGUUUUACGUAAAACCCAAGUCGGAAAGGACGCCCUCUUUCGGGAUUCAGCACUUUGCGGGAGUCGUUGUUUACGACGUCGAUGGUUUCCUGGAGAAAAAUCGUGAUACUUUCAGCCACGACUUGAAGCAGCUCGCCUUAUCCUCCACAAACGAGGUGUUGAAAACGUUAUUCGAUGACGACACCAAAGCGACUAGCGGUAAAAAAAUGGCGACGUUGUCUACGAAAUUCAGGAGCUCCCUGGAUAUACUGAUGAAAACUCUGAAUUCUUGUCAUCCGUUCUUCGUGAGAUGCAUCAAACCGAACGAGCAGAAACAGCCCAAGAUUUUCGACAGGGCGCUCUGCUGUCGUCAGCUCAGGUACUCGGGCAUGAUGGAAACGGCGAAGAUACGACAGGCCGGUUAUCCCAUACGCUACACCUACAAGGAGUUCGUCGAUAGAUUCAGGUAUUUGGGAAAGGCGAUUUCACCUUCCAACAAGGGCGACUGCAGGCAAUCCACCCAGAAGAUCUGCGGGUCGGUCUUCGUCAAGGGCGAAGAUUUUCAGAUGGGACACACGAAGUUGUUCUUGAAGCAUCAGGACAACGAGUUUUUGGAGAAGAGCCGCGCCGAGAUCCUCGCCAAGUACAUCGUGGUCUUGCAGAAAGCCAUACGGGGAUGGUUGUGGAGGAGGUGGUUCUUGAAGCAGAGAGAAGCCGCCAUUGUGUUCCAGAAAUAUUGGAGGGCUCGAGGAUAUAGGCAACGAUACUUGAUCAUCCGAAACGGAUAUCAGAGACUGCAGGUUCGCGUCAAGGUGCGUGAACUCAACUUCGAAUACAUGAAGUUGAGGAAGAAGAUCAUAGGACUCCAAUCGUUCUGCAGGAGAUACUUGGCGAGAACCCAUUCGCAAUUCGGGAAGAUUUACGAGGCCGUCCGGCAGAGAAACAUCGACGAGGUGUCGCUGAAACAGUCGGGCAACAAAAACUACAAACAGCUGGCCGAACAGAAGAUGAAAGAGAGACUGCAAGAGUUGAACAGGGAAUACGCCCUCAAAGAACGACCGACCGACGAAACGCCCAACAAGUUCAUCGACGACAAAUUCAAGUUCCUGGAGAAUCUCAGCGAAUCCAGCGACACCGAAGAGGCCAGAAAAUUACUGGAAGAAGUCCACGAGUCCCACGAGAUGAAAGAAAGCGAAACGGAAGAGGAUCUUUCCGGAUACACCUUCGGCAUAUUCGCCGCGACGUAUUUCGUCAAAAACACCAGCCCCAUCUACUCGAAGAAACCGCUCAAAGAAGCCCUCUUGGAACUGCCGACGCCGGACGACGUCCUGGCCGCCCAGGCCAUCUUCGUCAUGAUCCUGAGGUUCAUGGGCGACGCCCCCGAGCCCAAAUACGAAAACUCCACGAGGAUCAAGGAACCGGUGAUGAACAACCUCAUGGAGACGCUCGGCAGGAGUUUCGUCAACAGGAAGGAGUACAAACAAAUCUUGAAACACGAGGAAAAAAUGGCCACGAUGACGAAGAUGCAGCGGCAGAAGCUCAUCAGCAUGACCUUGAAGAGGAAACAUAAGCUCCUGGAGGAUUUGAGACAAGGUCUCGUGGAAGAUACGUUCGCUUCGGAAAAUUACAGGGAAUGGAUAAACAGCAAGAGGACUAACAAUUUGGAAAAGAUUCAUUUCAUAAUUGGACACGGCAUCUUACGACCGGAGUUGAGAGACGAGAUAUACUGCCAGAUUUGCAAACAGUUAACCUCCAAUCCCAGCAAGGUGUCCAGGGCGCGCGGCUGGAUCCUGCUCGCCCUCUGCAUAGGAUGCUUCCCGCCUUCCGACAAAUUCAUCAACUACCUCCGGGCGUUCAUAAGGGACGGUCCCCCGGGUUACAGCGCUUUCUGCGUGAAAAAAUUGGAACGCACUUACCAGAACGGCUGCAGGACCGAACCGCCCAGCUGGCUGGAACUGAUGGCCUCGAGGGACAAGCAACCGAUACGCGUCCAGGUCACCUUCAUGGACGACCACGUCGAGGGUCUAAACAUCGAUUCUUCCAGCGUCGCCAGAGAGGUUUGCGGCGAGAUCUGCAAAAAGUUGGGACUGGUGGACACGUUCGGCUUCUCUCUGCUGAUUUCGAUAAGGGACAAGAUCAUGUCGAUAGGCAACGGGGCCGACCACGUGAUGGACGCCAUAUCCCAGUGCGAACAGUACGGCAAAGAAGUCGGGGAAAACGAAAAAUCCGCCACUUGGAAACUGUACUUCAGAAAGGAGAUCUUCACCCCCUGGAUGCACUCCCCCGAGGACGACGUCGCCAACAACCUGAUUUACCACCAGGUGGUACGCGGCCUCAGACACGGCGAGUACAAGUGUCGAAACGAAGGCGACUUGGCCACUCUGUUGGCCACGCAGUAUUACGUCGAUAACGGGCACCAGUUCAACCAGAAGAUCCUAGAUUCCAGACUGGGAGAGUACCUGCCCACGUACCUCAUCAAAACGGCCAAUAACGAUUUGAACGCGUGGAAGGCCAAGAUUAAAGACGCUUUCUUCCUGUUGUCGUGCGUCAAGCAGAAAGUACCGCCGGAGAAAGCCAAGGAAACUGUGGUGAAAUUCGCCAAGAUCUCCUGGCCCAUACUGUUCUCCAGGUAUUUCGAAGCUGUUCAGGUUUCCGGACCGGAGUUGGACAAGAAACAUUGCGUGAUCGCCAUCAACAGCACCGGCAUUUACAUGAUAGACGACCAAGAACAAAUCCUGUUAGAACUGACCUUCGCCGAAGUUUCCUCCGUGAGUUACGAACCGACGAACCGUCCCGUUCUUCAGAGGAUGCACCUGUGCACGGCGAAGAACGAAGAUUACGUUUUCGACAGUUCAGAGGGAAAAGCAAUGGCUGAACUGAUUCAAGAGUUGAUCGAUGGGCUUAAGAAGCGUUCUAGAUAUCUCGUGGCUGUUGAGGAUUUCAGACAUCCGACCAACGCCGAGUCUUUCAUCUCUUUCAGGAAAGGGGAACUUAUUGUUCUGGUGAAUAGUACCGGGCAGGACGUGAUGAACAGUUCUUACGGUUAUGGGGAAUGUAAUGGCGCCACUGGCGAUUUCCCCACGGAGUUCGUACACAUUCUGGCGUGUCUCAGUCAACCGAAACCCGAGGUAUUAGCGGCGUUUAAGAGGAAGGGCGUCGUAACGGAAAAGGUGGUCCACCAAGAGAUAACCCAAGCGCAGAUAACCAGGGCGUACACUUUGGCGUCUUACGCCGAGGACCAUUUCAGAUCCAACAGAAGGAUGACGCAGCGAAAAUCGGUUCUUGUGGCUGUGAGGAGAACCUCCGGUAACGAGCUCUGGAGGUACAGCAACGAACCGAUGCAUCAACCCCUCCUCCAAAAACUAACCGCCAACGACGACCUAUCAAGGCAAGCCUGCUCCUCCUUCACCGCCAUCUUGAAGUACAUGGAAGACCUACCGGCGCCCAAGGCCAGGUACGCCACCGAGUACACUGACGAAAUAUUCGAACCUCCGCUGAAUCACGAGGCUUUAAGGGACGAGAUCUACUGUCAAAUCGCGAAACAGCUGACCUUCAAUAGGCUGAUGAAGAGCGAGGAGAAGGGAUGGGAACUGAUGUACCUGGCGAGCGGCCUGUUCGUCCCCAGUCAGAACCUGUACGGCGAACUGAAGAAGUUCCUCAAGUCCAGAACGCACCCCUUCGUCGAGCCCUGUCUGCAGAGGCUGCAGCGGACGCUGAAAGUGGGGCCGCGUAAACACGCGCCCUACGCGUUCGAGGUGGAGGCGAUCCAGAACAAGAGCCUUCAGAUUUACCACAAGGUUUACUUCCCGGACGACACGGACGAGGCCUUCGAGGUGGAUUCGAUGACCAGGGCUUCCGACCUGUGCAGGGAGAUUGGACGCAGGUUGGACCUGCGGGACGUGGACGGGUACAACCUGGUGGUGCACGUCGAGAGGAGGGUGUUCAGCAUGCCGAACAACGAGUUCUUUUACGAUUUCUUGCACGAGAUCAUGGAUUGGUUCAGGAAGCAGAUGCCUAAUUGGAACAGUGCGGCAAAUGUUCAGGUUGACUAUAACGUCUUCUUCAUGAAGAGAAUAUGGAUGAACGCGAUUCCCGGGAGAGAUCCGGUAGCGGACGAGAUGUUCUAUUACCCCCAGGAAUUGCAGAAAUACCUCCUGGGUUUCCAUAAGUGCAGCAAACAGGACGCGAUCAGAUUGGCCGCUCUCGUUACGAGGGUGAAAAGUGACAAAAUCAACAACAAUAUACAAAAGAUCAACGAGAACUUCCUCAAGGAAAUAAUACCGAGAGAUUUGCUGAAGGCGUGUAGCGUGAGAGAAUGGAGAAAUUCCAUCGCUGACAAGUACAAUUCGGAAUUGACGGUGGAAAAGGCGAAACUGGAAUUUUUGAAAAUCAUAUACGAAUGGCCCACAUUCGGAUCUACGUUCUUCGAAGUGACGGAAAAUGGCAGGAGCCAAGAGAAGAGGGUCGUGGCCAUCAAUAAAAACGGCAUUAAUAUCAUCCACCCCGAAACUAAGGAUAUAAUUGAAACUCUGGAAUACUCUGAACUCAACAACUGGUCUUCGGGCAACAACUAUUUCCAAGUUAAAUCUGGAAAUUAUGUUAAGAGUAGAAAACUCCUUUUCAACACUUCGGUGGGAUACAAAAUGGAUGAUCUCCUAACUUCAUACACUGAAUACUUGAAAUGUAUCGCUCCGAAAAAUGUAAAUUUGGAAUUCUUUCCAUGAAGCUUCCACUGGUUAAGUAUUGGUAGCUUCACUUUAUUUAUAUUUAAUUAUAAGAGAUUAUCUAAAAGAAUAAAUCAAUGGCAUAUCUAAGAAAGUAUAUUUCAAGUAGUAACAAUAUUUGAGAUGUUAACAUUAUUCUGCCCUACAGCUUCAACACUGGAAACAAAUAAAAAAAACAGUUACAGAAGUA